GGCCUGUACUGUACUGUACGAGUACGGUUCAGGCUCAGCGCCGUACUCGUAUGGGCUUAAUAUUACGUUGGAUCCAUGCAACAUCGACGUGAGAUGCGAGAGUGCGCUACCGAUUCAAUAGAUGAAGCCCCUGUAAACAACCAUCCGCCUCACUACGAAGCACUAAGACGUCAAGGCAUGUUGGUGAAGGCACCAAGUUAGUGCGUGGACGGCGGCGUACCGGUACUUUUAUGGAGCAGUGCUCCGUCCACUCACUUUUGCACACAGUCGAGCCGUUUCGCUUCCCCCUGGUCUUGUAUGACGUCGGCCGGGUGCUAACAAUGCCGUGCCUCUGCCAAAGCAGGCUCAACACUUCAUGCUUUUUCGGUGCAUAUUGUUGGGCCACGCUUGCAGAGCGAGACGGCACAGGAGGAUGCAAAGAGUGUCAAACGUGGCUAAAGAAAAGUGAGGCUGGCGUGGUCACCUUGACACAAUUACGAGUGCUGGGUACAUGGGAGAGGACAAGAACCAUGAGCAUGGGUAGCACUCGACAUGAAUCACAUCCGGUGUCGUGACGAGCCGUUGGUUCUGGGUGGUGGUUAUUAUCAGAUUUCCCGUUUUUGCAGCAUGCAUGUGAAUUCCAC